UUGACAAGCUAGAAAUAUUCAGCAGCCAACACCACGUGCAAUCACACAGGUGUCUGCUUCCGGUGCUAGGUUACAUAAGCGACUCCUACCGGUUGUUCGGUAAAACCAUGGCAACAACAUGCUAAUGCUAAGGUUAGCCGUGCUGCCAGCUCAGUUCUCAAAAACAUGAUAUUAGUUGACGUUUUUUUAAAAACGUUUACAGAUAACGACCGGAAUGACCAGUUGGACCACCUUCACGUGUGGCCAUGAGAUGACUCUCAAGCACGUAGUCGUUCAUCCUCCUCUUCUCCCGAGACCGCUUGGCUGCCUCGUUGUUCUUACGACGUUUCUCCCAGUAGGUGGCGUCUUUCUUCUCCUCAGGGAAGGUGCACAGGGGAAUGCAGUCUGUGAUACCGGAGCCCUCACCUGGGAACGAGAGGAAGGUGCGGCCCAGGAUAUACAGAAAAAGGAGGGGGAUGGAUGACACAGGUGUGUUAUGAAAACUAGCUGACGGAUUAUGAAAACAGCCGAGACGAUGUCUAGUUGUGGUUUGUAGAGCUUCGUUAUUGAUGGCUCAGCUAUGUCACCUGGCAUAGGCACACCUAUACAAUGCCCAUGGUCAACACCGGCUAACAAAGAAGUUCUCGGCUGAUUUAUAUCUGCCGAGAACUGGAUCCUUGCAGGUUUGAUUGAGGCGGUUGGAUCUGAGCAGCCUCGGCUCCCUCACCAGGAUUACUCAUCCAGCUUCCAGCAGAGAUUCAACCCGAAGAAAUAACCAGAGCCAACAAACGUCUCCUCUGCAUCAUGGCCAAAGAAAGUGAUGAAUCUGGCCUCACAUGGGCGGUGAAGGCAAACAACAGCCACUACCACAAACAAAAACAGAAGAAAUCCUUUCUGUUCUUCCGCUGGGGGCGAUACGCGGACAAUGUGGUCCGCAGCCACAAGUACUCCCCUCUGACUUUCCUGCCUCUGACACUGUUCGAACAAUUCCAGCGAGCAGCUAAUGUCUACUUCCUCCUCAUGGUGGUGUUGCAGUGUGUCCCUGCUAUCUCAGCCAUACCUUGGUACAUCACCAUCAUCCCGCUGCUCAUCGUUCUCGCUGUCAGAGGAUUAAAAGACCUUGCCAACGACAUGGCAAGGAGACGCAGUGACUCUGAGAUUAACUCUCGACCCUGUGACGUACUCAUCUCCCAGAGUUUCAGCAGACUACAGUGGAAGGAUCUGCAUGUGGGAGAUGUGCUGCGGAUCCACAAAGACCAAGUCAUCCCUGCUGACCUCCUCCUCCUGUGUAGCUCAGAACCUCACAGUCUGUGUUAUGUGGAGACGGCGGAUAUCGAUGGAGAGACUAACCUCAAGUUCAGGCAGGCGCUCGGUGCUACACACGAUGAGCUGACCUCUCACCCCUCAGAGGAGACGCUUGCUGCCUUUGAUGGCUCCGUGCUCUGUGAGGAGCCCAACAAUCGCCUGUACACCUUCAGAGGCCAGCUGCUCUGGAGAGGAGAGUGUCUUCUGCUGAACCAUGAGCACAUCCUCCUGAGGGGAACAGUCCUACGCAACACAGAGUUUGCCUACGGCUUGGCCGUAUAUACUGGCGUGGACACCAAGAUCCUAAGGAACUCCGGGAAACUGAGAGUGAAGAGGACUCAGACAGAGAAAGUUUUCAACAAAGUGGUGAUCGGGAUUGUCCUGUCCGUGCUGCUGGCUGCUCUGCUCCUCGCCAUCGGCGCUGGCGUGUUUUCGAGCUGGGUCACCAGCGUUACUGGGCUCCCGUCUGCUCUGGUGGUUAACGGCAACCCCGUCUACACCGGCUUCCUCAGCUACUGGAGCUACAUCAUCCUGCUCAGCCCGGCCAUGCCCAUCGCUCUCUACAUCUCGUUUGAAAUGAUCCACACGGUCCACAGCCAGUUUAUUGGCUGGGAUUUGGAGAUGUAUUGGCAGCAGGCAGACAGACCGGCCCAGGCCAGGAAUACCUCACUGAAUGAGGAGCUUGGCCAAGUGGGAUACCUGCUCAGUGACAAAACUGGGACACUAACCCAGAACCGUCUACUUUUCAGACAAUGCUGCAUAGCCGGAGAGAUCUACGGUGAUGCAUCAGUCAGAGCAGAGGACACAGAGCCCAUGGACUUAAGCUGGAAUCCGUUCUCCUGCGGCCGUCUGUUCAUGUCUGCUCCCAGCCUGGUGGAGAAGCUCAGAGGGCAGCAGUGUCCAUACAGCAGACACUUCCUCAGAGCACUGUCUCUAUGUCACACUGUCAUGGCAGAGUGGAAAGAAGAGGCUCCAGUUUACCAGGCUGCAUCCCCAGAUGAGGAAGCUCUUGUUGGUGCAGCCAGAGAGCUCGGCUGGGUCUUUCUCUCCAGGACUAGAGACUUUAUGGUUGUCUCUGAGCUGGGCUUCACUCGACAAUAUCAGCUGCUCGCACUUCUGGACUUUACCAGCAAAAGAAGACGCAUGUCUGUGCUGGUGCGGGAGCCAGAGGGUGGGUUAAAGCUAUACUGUAAAGGGGCAGACAUAGUGAUCCUGGAGAGACUGCAGAAGGACUGUCCAUAUCUGGAAAGGACUGAAAGUGCCCUGGAGUUGUUUGCCCAGGCUUGUCUGAGGACUUUGUGUGUUGCGGUUCGAUCUGUUCCUGAGGCAUCAUGGGAGCAGUGGAGUAAAACUUUGGCCCAGUCUGCUGCCAUGGCGACCUGUGACCGCGACGCUCUGCUGGAAAAACUGUACGAUCAGAUGGAGACAGAGCUGCAGCUUCUCGGGGUGACGGCAAUAGAGGACCGGCUUCAGGAGGGCGUUCCUGAGACUAUUGCUCUGCUUCAAGAGGCUGGGAUUAAAGUAUGGGUGCUGACUGGGGACAAAAAAGAGACUGCCGUGAAUAUUGGAUAUUCUUGCAAGCUCCUGGAUCCUGAUACCAGAUUACUGGAAUGGCAGGAGCUGAGACAGAUCCUCCAGUCCCCAGACCCAGGGGUCAGUUUCUUCAAGGCCAAACAGACAGAGCUGUGGGCAGUAGACAAGCAGACGGCUGGAGAAAAGACUGCUGUGGUCCUCACUGGACCUGAGCUGGCAGAGUUUGACCAAAGACCAGAAUGGGGGGCCACAUUCAUGAGCAUAGCAGAACAGUGUCAGUCGGUGCUGUGCUGUCGUGUAACACCUGGACAAAAGGCUGACAUCGUCACACUGGUGAGGAAGCACACCCGCUCCGUCACCCUGUCCAUCGGGGACGGUGCCAACGAUGUAAACAUGAUCAAAACGGCUCAUGUUGGUGUGGGGCUGGCAGGAGUGGAGGGAGGUCAGGCGGUGCAGAGUGCAGACUUUGCAUUGUCCCAGUUUCGGUUUCUGCAGAGGCUGCUGCUGGUCCAUGGCCGCUGGUCCUACAGGCGAAUUUCCCUCUUCUUGCGCUACUUUCUCUUUAAGACCUGUGGCUUUGCUCUUGUGCACAUCUGGUUUGGUUUCUUCAAUGGCUUCAGUGCUCAGUCUCUGUAUGAGACGUGGUUUAUCGCUCUCUACACUGUCUUCUACACAGCAACCCCGAUUCUGUGUGUGGCCUUCUUUGAACAGGACGUGAAUGCAGAGAGCUGCCUCAGAUGGCCGGAGCUGUAUAAGUCUGGACAGAAACAGGAGCUCUCCAGCCCUCUCAUGCUGUCUCUAUCGCUGCUGUAUGCUGUCUACACAUCGCUCGUUCUCUUCUUCAUCCCACUUGGAGUCUUUUACGACACGGCCUACGACUACCAGACCAUGGCGGUCACUGUCUCCAUGGCAGCCACGUUCACUGCCACCACUGAGGUCGUGCUGCUGACCCGAUACUGGACCAAGUUCAAUUUAGCAGCUCUGUGUGUCUCUGUGGGGCUUUUCUUCAUCUGUUCCAGGAUCACCCACAGCGCCCGCCUGUUUCAGAAAUCACCCAGCGACUAUUUAUUUAUCGGUGUCUGUGAUAAGGCCUUCAUCGAUCCUCUCGUAUGGCUCACAGCUCUGCUCACUACCUGGAUGGCUGUGUUGCCCUCGGUGACCGCUCUGGCUGUCAAUGUCGUCCUCACCAAGAACAACAAACACAGGGUCCACAUCGCGUCCCGUCCAGCUGUGGAGCUGAAGUCAAAGUUCAGCCGGGGAGCUUCUUGUCGCCGGUCCUCCUACGCCCUCUCUCAGGGCGCCGGGUCGGGACGCAUCAUCACUUCAGCCAGCUGCAUCCGCCGCAGCACGGUGCCGACGGUGGACGAGAAGAUGACUGCAAGUAAUAAUCCCACAGACUCAUAAAAAGGACAAUAGUCAAGUACCAAACGGCACAUGAAUACGGAUAAUGCUACAGGAAAACAUUCGAUCAUAUAAAUUGUUACUGUGAAGCAGAUGAUUUUUAAUGUGUUUGUACUUAAACAUGUUUUUGUAGAGCCUGCACUUAUUUUUUGUAUAGCUGCCAUUUUCCAAUAAAGUAAAUUAUAUAAUAUAAAAAAAACCAUUAUGUACUAUAAAUCCUUUUUUAUUGUUUUUACAUAGACGGUUUACUCUUACAUGAAUAUCUCUGAUCUUUGUUGUUUUCAGACUGUUUUGGUCAAAAUCAAAUUUCCAUCUGUUGGAGGUCACAGGGGAUUUCCUUUGAAGAUCAAACCAAACACAAUAAACCGACAGCACCGCUUUGU